AUGGCUGCGGAUAUGCAAACACAAAACAUCAACAUUAUGAAAGAGGCCGAACCCCUCAAACUCCAGAAGGAGAAGACAAAUAGCGGUAGCAGUGGUGCCCACGAUUACAAAGGUUUCGUGGCGGGCGUCUUCAGCGGCAUCGCCAAACUCUCAGUCGGCCAUCCCUUUGACACUAUCAAAGUUCGUCUGCAAACAACAGACCCGAGUCGCUUUAGUGGCCCUAUUCAAUGCGUCACGCAGACUCUGCGCAAUGAGGGCUUUCGUGGGCUCUACAAGGGCGCAACGCCGCCGCUGGUGGGGUGGAUGUUUAUGGACUCGGUCAUGUUGGGCUCACUGACUGUCUACCGCCGUCUUCUCUCAGAGCACGUCUUCCAUGUUGAACCUCUAGGCACCGACGUCACGGCAUCUUCACCAGGUACUGCACCGAAAGGGCACACGGCGCUUCCGAGUUUCGGUCACGGCAUCGCGGGCGUCAUGGCUGGAGCGACAGUGAGCUUCAUUGCUGCGCCAGUCGAGCACGUCAAGGCGCGGCUACAAAUUCAGUAUGCGGCGCAAAAGUCAGCCAGACUAUACGCGGGGCCCAUUGACUGUCUACGCAAGAUCUAUCGGCAUCACGGCGUUCAAGGCGUCUACCACGGCCUAUCAGCGACGUUGCUCUUCCGAGCAUUCUUCUUCUUCUGGUGGGGCAGCUACGAUAUUUUAUCCCGGCAACUGCGCGAGCGGACGAAUCUCAGCGUACCGGCCGUGAAUUUUUGGGCGGGCGGACUCAGUGCGCAGGUGUUCUGGUUAACGAGUUAUCCGAGCGACGUGGUGAAACAGCGUAUCAUGACGGAUCCCCUGGGUGGAGGACUUAACGAUGGAGUCAGGAGGUUUCCUCGGUGGAAGGAUGCAGCGGUUGCUGUGUAUAGGGAGCGAGGAUGGAAAGGAUACUGGAGAGGGUUUGUGCCUUGUUUCCUAAGGGCGUUCCCAGCGAAUGCCAUGGCGUUGGUUGCUUUUGAAGGCGUCAUGAGAUCGCUGUGA